AUGACCAGCAGGGCCGUGAAUGGCCAGGUCCCCGAGGCUGAAGAUGGAGCCUCGCCAUACGUUGAGGAGAUGAAACACGACCACAGGUCCAGCCAUCAGGCAGAAGACGACGCCAUUUCCUCACGAGAUGUCCUGACGAAGAAAAUUCUUGAAGCCAUAAACAUCGACGAUUUCGACCGCGUCCAAGCUCUGCUGGCUAACGCAAGCGAGAUGGACAAAGAGUGCGUUCUCCUUAGACCGUACGGUGAAUCAGGAACCGGCCUUCGUGGCGGAACCACUCCGCUUCUUCAUGCAGCAACGCGCAGCCAGCCGGAGACAUUCAAGGAGCUCGUACGAGCCUCGCCCCGCGAUAAGAUCGUUGAAAUGCUGAAGGCAAAAGAUCAACUUGGACACACGGUACUGAUGGUGGCAGUGGCGAGCAAGAGCGUGGGCACUUUUGAGGCUGUCUCGAAAGCCGUCAAGGAUGACUUCGACGACAGCGAGCAACGUCGGUUGAUCGAGGCUCAGGAUAAACACGGGAGAACGCUGUUUACUGCAGCAGUCCAAGGCGGAUCCUCGAAAAUGUUCGAAGCGACCCUAGACCAUGCGCUGGGUAUUCUCUUUCACGAUGAGAUCGUUCCACUGCUGACGGCGAAGGAUCGACCCGGACCCACGGUACUUAUGGCGGCAGCUUCGAGCGAGAGCACGGAUACUUUUGAAGCUAUCUUCAAAGCAUCCGAGGGGUACUUCCACAAGGGGCAGCUCGUUGACAUGUUGAAGGCGAAAGACCAUGACGGACACACGAUAUUCACGGCGGCAGUUUCGAGCGAGCGCGUGGACACCUUUGAGACUGUCUUCCAAACAGCCAAGAAAGGCCUCCACCAGGAGCAGCUGUGGCAGCUGAUCGAGUCGAUCGAUAACAAAGGGGGAACGUUGUUAUCGGCGGCAGUUCAAAGCGGGCGCGAUGCGAUGUUCGAAGCGACCCUGGACUAUGCUUUGGAGUCUGUCGGUCACCAUGAGCUGUGUGUGCUCAUCGAACACAAGAACAAGGAUGGACAAACGCUGCUCUUCUCGGCACCGUUCGAGCUCAGCCGCAAGCUGUGGUUGAAGUCAUUGGAAUCCGGACAUUUUGGAUUUUUUGAAUCAGUGGCGAGGGUUGUGCCGCCAGGGCACCGCAGUCAGGUGCUCAACUAG